AUGCACUUCGUCAACCGCAUCGGCCUAUUGGCCGCAUUGCUGGCCCUCGCACAAUAUGCGCAGGCAGCAACCGUCACUGUCACACAAAUCUCAUGUGGUUACCUGUACUUCACCCUUGGUCUCACACCUGCCGAGAGCACAAAUGCCCAAUACCUUGGCGUCUACCAAGGCACCACCAUGAUCUCCGAGAUCCAGUUCAACGCUGCUUACGCCAGCACCAACUCGUAUCAGUGGUACGCUCCUUUCUUCCAAGGCGUCACCGUCGAAUCUGGACCUCAGCAGAUCAGCUUCCGUCUCCUCGACACAGACGAGGAGCCGAUCACCGCCUACCCUGCUAUCACUCAGACGCUUAACUUCCAGUGUGGUACCACCGUCACCACUUCGUCUGCUGCUGCCAGUUCGCCGACUCGAGGCUCUGGUAGAUCCAGCAACAACGAUAGUGGCAACAGCAACAGUGCCUCCAGCUCUGGUUCCUCCUCGUCCAACACUGGCGCCAUCGCUGGUGGUGUCGCCGGUGGUGUCAUCGCCCUCGCUGCCAUUGGUCUUCUUGCCUUCUGCUUGAUGAGGAAGAAGAAGAGACAGCAGCGCAACCAGCAGAGCCGUAUUCGCAACGACGAGGCCGACGAGGCUGCCUUCCGUGCCCCGAACAACGAUUCGACCACUUCGCUUGCUACAGCCCCCGAGACUGUCAACACGCCCAUGAUGCGCGAUAUCUCCACUAAGAACGUCUUUGCUGACCCUACCACUUUGACUACAUCUGGUGCCCUCUCCGGUACCUCGACCCAAUUCACUGCUGCCAAUAACAAUCCCGGAUCUGGUAUGGGUGCUGGUGCUGCCGCUGCAGGUGGUAUUGGUGCCGCCGCUAUUGCUGCUCGCAAGCAGUCGCGUGAACAGACACGCGCUCGAUCGCCCAGCAGUGCUUCCGGUAGCAGCCCAUCUUCCGAAUUCUCCAAGGACAACUCUACACCUUCGUCGCAACUUGCUCCCCCUGUCUCUGCUAUGCCUGCCUCUGUCGCUCCUUCUUCUUCAUCGUCUCAGCCUGCACCGAUGACCGCUCAGAACACACAGCCUGCUUCCUACCCAUCCGCAUCUUUUUCCUCAAGUCCAUCAACCAGCGCUCAAGCUUCUUCCUCUUCUGCAGCACCCGCCGCAGUUGGUGGUACCGCAGCAGCAACUAUUACUUCCGGUGCCACUGCCAAGGCAAGCUCAAGCUCGGACAACAACAACAACAACAACAACAACAACAACAAGACCAAGACCAGCAAGUGGGGCUUCAACCGCGUUUCCAAGGACAUGGGCAACAGCAACAACAACAGCAACAGCAACAAGCUUCCCUACCCGCAAGCCGUUCCUGAGCCUAUCGCCGCUCCUGCCCCUGCUGCUGCCCCUGCUUCGUCCUCUUCCACAACCCCAUCCCCCACAAGCGCCUCUCCUGAGGUCCCUUCUUCUCCUUCGCGUUCGUUCAAGGUGAUCCAAAAGGCUUCGCCUGCCCCUAUUCCACAAUCCAUGGCUGGUCCUAGCAGCGCCUCGAUUGCUCCUCCUCGUUCCGGCCCCGCUACACCAGCAGGUUCGAUUCGUGGCACCAACUACUCGCGUGCACCAUCGGUUGCCUCCAUGUCGGCUGGCUUCACUGAUGCGCCACCUCUCCCCUCUGGUGCCGCCUCUGUUGCUUCUGCGCCAGUGGGCGAGUUUGGCAGUCAAAACAUAGCUGGUAUCGGUGCUGGUCGUUCGUUCGCUGCUUCAAGUGGUAACUCGACAAAAUGGCACCAGCAGAGUUACAACAUCAUGCCCAAUUUCAGUCACAGGGCGUUGGCGAGGUCAACUCAAUUGGAUGAGGACUUGAUCUUCGGUCACUUGGGUAUGGGAUUAAACCCUCCUCAGCCACCAACAAUGGCAGGUAACGGAAGCGAGACUGGCAGCGCAAGGAGUGCCAAGAGCAAGACUGAUCCUUUCGGUGAUCGUUAA